AUGGUAUACGGGUCUGUAUUCUUUGCCCCCAUAAGUGUACUAUGGCAUGGGAAAACGCUUCCCAAGUUGAAAAACCCUUUUAUUAGCAUGGUGAAAAGAAAAUUGAUGGAGACAAAGAAUAGAAAGAGGUUGCACUUUUACGACACAGUGUUCCGUUUGGGCGUUGACCAGCUAAUUUUUCCUGGGUUGGUGUGGAUCCCUCUUUACAACACGGUCAUGGUGAUGCUAGCACAACACCAGGAUCCAUUUGCCGUAAUCCAUAAUAAGUUGGAAAAUAAUUGGUGGACAGUUCUCAAAGCAAACUGGACAGUGUGGCCUGGGUUCCAACUAGUCAAUUUAUAUUUUAUCCCGGUGCAUUUACGAAUCGUUUGUGCAAAUAUAUGGUCUACUGGGUGGAACACAUUCUUGAGCUUUGUUCACAACACAAAGGGCCACGGAAAGGGAAGCGGAAAGAGAUUGGAAGAGUUGGUGGAUAUUGAAGAUGACGACCAGGAAGUUGUGAUGGUACCGCUUUUGACAAAUAUGAUCAGCACAGGCUUUCUAUUAGGGGCUGGAGAUUGUUCAGCACAGAUCUUAUUUCCUGCUAAUCCUGGGCAGCCAUACGAUUAUGUGAGAACGUUGCGAGCAGUUAUAUAUGGAGGAAUCAUAUUUGCCCCAUUGGGAGAUAAAUGGUACAAGAUCCUAAAUACCAAAAUCAUAUGGCGUGGAAAGAAUGAGAGAACCAUGUCGACAAUUCUUCGGGUUGCUGUGGACCAAUUGGUAUUUGCCCCCUUCAUUGGUAUUCCAUUGUACUAUGCAGCCAUGACAGUAUUGGAGAAUCGGAAACCUUACUUGGAGCACAUAGUGGACAAAUUUGAAACAAGCUGGUGGGUAACUUUGAAAAGCAACUGGUUAGUUUGGCCAAUAUUUCAAUGGUUCAACUUCUACUUGCUACCGGUGCAUUACAGGUUAUUAGCGGUUAACCUAAUCAGUAUUGGCUGGAAUACAUAUCUCAGUUAUAUAAUGCAUAAUAAAGGUUGA